AUGGCUAGAGUCUACAUCGCCGACGAUGACCUCACGGGCAUCAAAGACAAAGUCAUCCUGAUUACUGGUACCAACCACCUUACCACUCUUUCAAGUUCCUACAAGGACUACCCCCAACAUCUGAAGGCACCAAUACUAACACUUCAGCCUACAGGCGCCUCCUCCGGAAUCGGCAGAGCAACCGCCCAACUCUGUCUCGACCUCGGCGCAAAAGUAGUAAUCGGCGACCUCAACCCCCCCAACCCCGACUUCACCAACACGACCAACAUCACAUUCCAGCACACAGACGUCACACAAUGGGAAAGUCUGCGCGCCCUGUUCACACACGCAAUGACCCAACACGGUCACAUAGACCACGUCUUCGCGAACGCCGGCAUAAACCCAACCCCCAGCUUCCUCGAGGUGAAGCUCAACGAAGCCGGCGAGGUGCAGCCUCCGAACAUGCGCACUAUCAACGUCAACUUCCUCGCCGUGAUCAACACGAUCCACCUCGCAAACGCAUACAUGACCAAGCUGGCUCCAGCGAACGAAAAAGAGAACGGCGGCACAGGCAGCAUUGUGCUCGCGGCGUCGACCUCGUCGUUCCAGACCUUCAGCACGGGCGAUUAUACAAUUGCCAAGCAUGGUGUUCUGGGCAUGCUGCGCGCAUUUGUGGAGCCGUUCCAGCUGCAGGGGAAGGUGCGGAUUAAUGCUGUUGCGCCUUCGUGGACGGAUACGGGCAUUAUGCCUGCGGCGCUGUUCCAGAGUGUUGGGGUGGGUGUUCAGAGUCCUGAGGUGGUUGCUAGGAGUGUGGUGUUGCUUUUUGCGGAUGAGAAGCGUCAUGGUGAUGUUCUUUAUAGUUGGGAUGGAAAUUAUCGCGAGAUUAAUAAUUCGCCUGGUGGGCUUUUGGAGGGUGCGGAGCGUUUGCUGGAUAAUGCGGCGAAUGAGCAAAAUGCUAUAUUGAGGAUUCGGGAGGCUUUUUUGAAGGCGAAGGGGGCUUGA